ACCUCGUGCAUAGCCUCCUAUAUAUUCUAUGGUUCGUGACCCAUUUUACGACCUGCCGUGUUGUGUGUAGCUGAUUUCUCGCAUGUGCGUGUUAAGUUGUGUUGUUCAUCACUAGUUUCGCUGCUACCAGGUGGAAGAUAUGAUCACUUCCAUUGUGCGGUUGGCAGUAGACCCGUGGAGCCGUAGACAGCACCCUAUCCGUGUGCCCAAGGGUUCGUGGUUCAACCGGCAUCCGAAGUUCACUGUGAUCGCGUUCAGCGUCGGAGGCACCUGUAUCUUGUUUAGCCGGGUCAUAUACGACCUAUUCACAAGCUUUGCCGAGACAGAGCCGUCUGCCAAACAACACAAGUUGGACCUGGUCAUGCUUCUGCAGCAGACAUGUUGGCGCAAGGAGGGCGAGCGGCCCAGGAGCUUAGAAGAAGCACUCAUCGAGCAAGACAUGAUUCGCGAGCAGCAGCGGAAAGAAAGGAGCAGCAGGCCGCACUUGCAGUCAAGUUGUGACUGCUGUUCUUUCGUGCGAGUUGACGGGGUCACAUCCUUGUCGGGACGGAGCUGAGGUGGUCUUUGAGGACUGUGCGCUUCCAUUAGGCGCCACUUCUCCCACACAUCCUUGUUCACAUUUGUCCAGUUUCAUCCCCAGCUCCUCCACCGAUGUCAGUGCUUUAGGCUGCACCGCUUCCGAGUCUUGUCAGAGCGAGUGAUGGAGCCCGAGGUGUAAUCUGCAGAGAAAGUGGAGUGACGUGGACGAACCAGGUGGGCGCUCUCGGCACCUGUGGCCAACUGAGGCCAGAUAGUGGCAAGCCUCAACCUGGCGUCCACCUGGAAAUUAAUGAGCCUUGUGUUUUCAGAAAUUUGCAGUCAACGAAUACUUUGGGGAUCAAGCUCGCAGACCUUUAGAUGAGACCCUACUGGAAAGCUGUACUAAAACUUUAGCUUCAGUGGCGGCAUUUAUGUACCUAUGUCGGAGCAUGUUCAGGGAAUGCUGCAAAGUAGUGCAUAUCAAGGAAGUUCACAUUGAGUGUAGUACGACGUUGCAAUGCCCUUCUGCAGAAACUGCCCUGUCCUUUUCGAGUUCUGUUGGAGGCUUAGUCCACCGCCAAAAUUUAUUGAUGCGAAUGCUCUCCAAUUUAUAAUAAAGCUCUUGGUAAUGUUCUUUCUGCGCUUUAUUC